GAUCAAAUUCUUCAAAUAAACAUCUUAUUAAAGAUAUUUUCUUUGCCAAAACUCUGAACUUCAGGAGGUUUGAGAGUAUUUAUGAGGAAGAAACCGUGGGUAUGAUUAUGUUAGGUGUACUGGCAUGACAAGCGUUGUAGUUGCAAAGCUCCAUUUCUUGCUUUGAGUAUUAAAAUCAGGAAUCGGUGAAAACCGAUUCCGGUUCUAGUUCCUACCUAUAGAGUACUCAGAACCGGAACCGGAUGAUACUUAAAAAAAAAAAAAAAAAAAGAGUAAAGCUACACAGCAAGGUAGCAGCAGCAGGAUCGUCCCCGUCUUUGGCGGAGCUGGCGGAGUGGGUGACGACCUCAAUCUCCUCCUCAUCGACCUCCUCGUUGGCAGCCUGCUCCUGCUCCUUGUUGACUUGCUCCUCAUCGAAGGGCUUGGAGCUGUCGGACAUGGCCUCGUCCUUUUGCUACCGAACUCUGCUCAUCGAAGGAAACGGAGAUUGUUGCACCCUUUGACUGCAACGAAACUAAAGGGGUUCCCGUUAGUUACGGGACUGAGGCGGAGCGUAUGCAUGGGUUUCUUCCAUCUGAUAUGGACCUUGCAGAGUUUGCAGCCGAUGUCGAGAGCUUGCUGGGUAAGGGGCUCGAGAAUGAGUCCUUUGGAAUGGAAGGACUAGAGCUGAUGGAUUGGGAUUGUAGGAACCAGGUCAAAGAUGCAGUGAAGAAGAGGCAGAAGAUUUUCUUGAAGCUUGACUACGAAUCGGUAAUCGAAUCUUGGUCAAGCCAAGGCUCACCAUGGACCUCCAGUGAUCGGCCGGAUCUCAACUCCGAUGACUACUAGCCUGACUGCUUGGUAUUCCAUUUCUCUUCGCACAUUAUAGUUUCUCCAAUAAGUUUCUCCCUCUUGGUCUUUAUAAUGACUACUAUUCUCCCUUAGGUCAAAGAUGCAACGCACAUUAUAGUUUCUCCCUCUUGGUCUUUAUGGAAAAUUCCUGUGGCCAACUCAAAGGGCUCUUGAAGUGAAAUUUAUAGUAGUUGUUGAAAAUAGUUUCAGAUAGAGAUGGUGCUUGCAGGAAUUUCCGAUGAAGAGAUACUACAACAGUCAUUAGCUUCUCAACAUGUCUGAAAAUGACGAUCAAACGCCUUAGGUCCUCAAUUGUCUCACUGCCAGCUGAGACGAGAUUCGCUGUGAAACACAGAGAGCAGUAAGAAGAUGUUAUAUCAAUUGACAUGAUCCCGUAAAGACACAGGACAGGGCAGGGUGUAUACCUUGCAAACGCCUUAAUGUAGAUGCCAUUGUAAGGUAGAGUUGAUCCAUUUUCGUUUCCAUUGGCUUCAAUCUUCCAUAGUUGGUCUGAUUUAUGGUGUCAGCUGCUGCUCUAAAGGAUGUGUAGACCAUUUGUUCAAGCAACUGAUGCAGCCUUAUUGUUUCCAAGUAAUGGAGGAUCUUUACCAGUCAAGUGCCCCAAAGAGGAGUGAUAAAUCAGCCAUUAGGUAAAUAGCAUUAGGGUAUACGAUGAAAUUCACCCCCCACUUUUUUGCCACAAUUAAUCCCAUUUACUUACAUAUCUUUUUGUUGUUAUAGAUUAAUCUAAAUCUAUGUCGGUAUUCUAUUU